CAAAAGAGAAAGAAAGUAAUACAACUAAAAUACAUUGUGAAGAUUUAUAACAUUUGCUAUGACAAAAGAAGAAGCAACAUCUCAAUUAACUCGAAGCAUAUUUCACACAAUUUAUGCGAAGUUUUCACGAGCCCGUGUAAAACUAUAUGGAUGGCGUCAUUUAGGAUGGUUGGUUUUGUUGGUUGCUGCACUGAAUGUUGUUUGCAUAGGGGGAAAAAGAAGGGCAUUCGGAAUAUUUGUUGCUGCUCUACACAAAGCUUAUAAUGACACGAGCAUGACGGAAUUGAAUUGGGUUGGUGACAGUUAUGCUGCAGUUGGAUUCUUUUUAAUGCCUUUCGCUACAACAGCAAUAAUUCGAUGGAAUCGACCAUAUAGAUGUACCAUGCUUCUAGCCGGUUUAUUGAUUUUUAUAAGUUGUAUGACAUCAGCAGUGGUGCCUAGUCCAGGGUAUCUAUUCCUGACUCAUACACUAAUACAUGGCCUUGGAUCUACACUUAUUUUAUGUGGGACAAGUCUUGUAACAGAAGAGUAUUUUGACAGAUCUCAUCGAUUUCAUGUUUUAGCAACUGCAUUUGUUUCCGGUGGACCUUAUGGUGUACUAAUAUUUGGUCCAUUGUAUUCAAACUUAAUACAAAGCUACGGUUGGCAAGUAGCAUUUCAACUAAGUGGAUUACUUUUCUUACUCGUGACAUCUUUAGCCGGGAUUGUUUUUAUUUCGCGUGAUAUAUUUGAAUAUAACCAAGCUAUUCUGGAGCUUUCUGAUUCUUUUGAAGAAAAUACCAUGAACAAAGCCUUACGAAAGGAUCCUUUAUUGCUACGUAAUUCUCCGAAAGCCAGUGAUGGACGUGGAUGGGCUUUUUGCUCAGUUGAACAUUUGAAAAAUAAUCCGCAGGUGUUCGUCUGGGGAUUUGAACGCUUACUUCAUAAUCUCGUAAUAUAUGGUUUACUAAUGAACAUGACAGCUUAUGUAAGUCAGGCAUUAAAUGAUCAACUGGUAUUGGGUGCCCGAGUUAAUUUAUACUUUGGUAUAGGAGAAUCAGUCGUAUUUACACUUGGAGCUUUAAUCGGUGAUCGUAUACGAGGUUAUUUAGCAGUCGCCUACUUUAUUGGAGCACUAUUUGCAGCUUUAUUUUUGGUUAUUAUGCAAAAUACAUAUGAAGAUUUAAACGUUGUUUAUGUACUGGCUGGAUUUACUGGUGCUACUGUUGGUGUAGGCAAUACAUUUCUAUAUGCUACUUCAGAAGAGAUAAUGAUGGUUCAUGGAUCGAUUGCAUUUCCUAUGACAAAAAUGAUUGCCGGUAUUGGUAUGUUGUUAGCACCAUUAUUCUCUGGUGCAAUUAUUGAUGGAUUUGGAUAUGGUGGAUUUUUUAUUAGUAUGGCAAUUUUAGUGUCAAUAAGGGCUAUUCUCUUAGGUCUCAUAUGUUAUAUAUUAAAUCUCAAGAAGAAAUUGAUUUUAGCUAGUGAAAAAGAACACAUAUUUACAAAUGAUAAUCAUUUUAAUCAUUGUUGUCAAAAUACUACUAAACAAUGCAAUGAAAAAUUAACAAAAAUUAAUAAUGUAGAAUCUGAAAUUACAAAUGGAUUAAAUUCAACAGAACAUGAUUUAGAGAAACGUAUUCAAACUUCUUCUGAAUGGUAUCAUGAAAAUGAUCGCAGAAUGCCAUAAAUUUAUUUAUAUAAUAAAAUUGUAUAAUUUAAACAUUACAUUGAAACUUAUUAUUGUUAACGAACCCCCCCCCAAAAGAAACAUAAUAAUUUUAUUUACAUUUGAUUGAAUGAAUAUGAAUUUCUACUGAAGAAAUUGUUUAAAAGCAUGCAAAACAAAAAUACUUGAAUAAAUGAACAUUAAUUGAAACCUUUUAGAAAUUUUAUUUUUAAAUGAAGACUUUCACAAAUGCAUCCGACAUACAAAUAUAUAUUGGAAUAAAUUAAGAAAUGCAUUCUCAUUUGAAUGAUUCUUUCGAUUAGAUCAUUUCUGAUAUCACUACUAUUGUUGUAACUGUCACUUCUAAUCAUGAUUACUUUGUGGAAUUCCAAAUGAUAUGAAAAAGAAUUUUUGAAAGUUUCAUGAGAAGGAUCAUCAGGCAACAUAAUUUUUUUUGUAGAAGCUGAAUUUUGAUUUCCAUAUUUGAAAAUUAUCCUCUUCAGUUAUUCAUUCAUAUAUAUAUCUGUAUUUCUGUAUGCAAGUAUACAUGUAUAAAGUGAUGUAUUUGUGGGAUAUAACAUGAAGAGACAAACAAAAAUAGUGAGUGAAAAAGGGAGGGAAAGAAAAUUUACUAUAAGACAUCAAUGUCAUGUUAUGACAAAAUCAUAACAAACAAACAAACAAGAAUUUAUAGAUGUCAUAAGCCAUUUCGGUAUCCAACUUAUUAGAAGGGAA